CGGCUCCAGGCGGAGCGCGCCGAGCACAGGGAGCGAGCUGCGUGGGGAUCCCGCGGCGGUCGGGCUCGCGCGGCGCCCUCGCUCCCCCUCCCCUCGGCCCUAGGGCCGCGCGGCCCGCGCCGCUCCGGGAAGAUGGCGCUGCACUUUCAGAGUUUGGCUGAAUUGGAAACAUUGUGCACUCAUCUUUACGUAGGGACUGAUCUCACAGAAAGAAUAGAGGCUGAGAAAGCACUCUUGGAACUGAUUGACAGCCCAGAAUGUCUCAGCAAGUGUCAACUUUUAUUAGAACAAGGAACAACAUCCUAUGCUCAGCUCCUUGCAGCAACAUGUCUUUCAAAACUUGUUACCCGAAUGAAUCCUUUACCUGUAGAACAGAGGAUAGACAUCAGAAACUACAUUCUGAAUUAUGUGGCGUCACAACCUAAGCUGGCUCCCUUUGCCAUUCAAGCUCUUAUUCAAGUCAUUGCUAAGCUCACUAAGCUGGGGUGGUUUGAAGUUCAGAAAGACGAGUUUGUUUUCAGAGACAUUAUUGCUGACGUGAAGAAAUUCCUUCAGGGUACUGUGGAACACUGCAUAAUAGGAGUGAUAAUCCUUUCUGAAUUGACUCAGGAGAUGAACCUGGUUGAUUAUUCCAGACCUUCAGCAAAACACAGGAAAGUAGCUACCUCAUUUCGUGAUACUUCUCUGAAAGACAUUCUAGUGUUAGCAUGUUCACUCCUGAAGCAGGUGUUGGCCAAACCUUUAAAUCUUCAGGAUCAAGAUCAACAAAAUCUGGUGAUGCAAGUCUUAAAACUGGUCCUCAGCUGCCUGUGUUUUGACUUCAUUGGAAGUUCAGCCGAUGAAUCCGCAGAUGAUCUUUGCUCAGUGCAGAUUCCAACAACCUGGAGAACAAUUUUCCUGGAACCAGAAACAUUGGAACUUUUCUUCAAUUUGUAUCACUCGCUUCCACCACUACUGUCUCAGUUAGCACUUUCAUGCUUAGUUCAGUUUGCUUCUACAAGAAGAUCCUUAUUUAGCAGUCCUGAACGUGCCAAGUACCUUGGUAAUUUAAUUAAAGGAGUGAAAAGGAUACUUGAAAACCCCCAGGGAUUGUCUGAUCCUGGUAAUUAUCACGAAUUUUGUCGAUUUUUGGCUCGUUUAAAGACAAACUAUCAGCUGGGAGAAUUAGUUUUGGUGAAGGAGUAUGCUGAAGUUAUCGGAUUGAUUGCUAAUUUUACUAUUACUAGCCUACAGCAUUGGGAGUUUGCCCCCAACAGCGUUCAUUACUUAUUAACUCUGUGGCAGAGGAUGGUAGCAUCUGUUCCUUUUGUGAAGUCAGCUGAACCUCACUUAUUAGACACUUACGCACCUGAAAUCACCAAGGCUUUUAUCACUUCCCGAUUGGAAUCUGUUGCCAUUGUUGUGAGAGAUAAUUUAGAUGACCCCCUGGAUGACACUGCUACCGUGUUCCAGCAGCUGGAGCAGCUGUGCACAGUCAGCAGAUGUGAAUAUGAAAAGACGUGUACUCUUCUUGUACAGCUGUUUGACCAAAAUGCGCAGAAUUAUCAAAAGCUCCUGCAUUCAGCUUCUGGGCUAGCUGUUGAUAUGGCAAUUCAAGAAGGACGUCUCGCAUGGCUGAUAUACUUCGUUGGCACAGUUGUAGGAGGGAGAUUAACGUACACCAGCACAGAUGAGCAUGAUGCUAUGGAUGGAGAACUGUCCUGCCGCGUUUUUCAGCUUAUAUCUUUAAUGGAUACCAGAUUGCCUCGCUGCACCAAUGAAAAAAUAGAACUUGCAAUUCUGUGGUUUUUGGAUCAGUUUCGUAAAACAUAUGUUGGUGAUCAACUUCAAAGAACCUCAAAGGUUGUACGCCCGAAGAAUGAUGUUUCCAGAGCUCCAGAGAAGGCUUGGAAAAUAGUUAAGGUGUACGCCCGUAUGUCGGAAGUCUUAGGAAUAACAGAUGACAACCAUAUUUUAGAAACAUUCAUGACAAAAAUUGUUACAAACCUCAAGUAUUGGGGAAGAUGUGAGCCUGUAAUUUCAAGGACUCUUCAGUUCCUAAAUGACCUUUCGGUUGGCUAUAUCCUUUUAAAAAAACUUGUGAAAAUAGAUGCUGUGAAAUUCAUGCUAAAAAACCACACGAGUGAGCACUUCCCAUUUCUUGGCAUCAGUGAUACUUACAGUCUCAGUGAUUUGAGGUGCCGAACAACCUUCUACACAGCCCUCACUCGCCUUCUGAUGGUUGAUCUGGGUGAAGAUGAGGAUGAAUUUGAGAAUUUUAUGCUACCUCUCACAGUCUCUUUUGAAACAGUUUUGCAAAUAUUCAACAACAACUUUAAACAAGAAGAAGUGAAGCGUAUGUUGAUCGGGCUGGCAAGAGAUCUUCGAGGGAUUGCCUUUGCACUGAACACAAAGACCAGCUACACCAUGCUGUUUGACUGGAUGUAUCCAGCAUAUCUCCCAGUUCUUCAGAGAGCUGUUGAGCGAUGGUAUGGAGAACCAGCAUGUACUACUCCUAUCUUAAAACUUCUAGCAGAACUGAUGCAAAACAGGUCUCAACGUUUGAAUUUUGAUGUAUCCUCUCCUAAUGGAAUUCUUCUCUUCAGAGAAGCGAGCAAAAUGAUUUGCACUUAUGGAAAUCAGAUCUUGUCUCUUGGGAGUCUCUCAAAAGAUCAGAUUUAUCCAAUGAAACUCAAGGGCAUCUCCAUCUGCUAUUCAGCUCUCAAAUCUGCCUUAUGUGGAAAUUAUGUCAGCUUUGGCGUCUUCAAGUUGUAUGGGGACAACCAUUUUGACAAUGUACUCGAGGCCUUUGUGAAAAUGCUGCUGUCAGUGUCCCACAGUGACUUGCUGCAAUAUCGGAAACUGAGCCAGUCUUAUUACCCACUCCUGGAAUGUCUCACCCAGGACCACAUGAGCUUCAUCACCAACUUGGAGCCUCCUGUGCUUCUGUAUGUUCUCACAUCUCUCUCAGAGGGACUCACCACUCUUGAUACAGUCGUCUCCUCCAGCUGCUGUACGAGUUUAGACUACAUGGUCACCUACCUCUUCAAGCACCUAGCAAAAGAGGGCAAGAAGCCACUUCAAUGCAGGGAGUCUGUGCAGGCUGGUCAGAGACUGUUACACUUUAUGCAACGAAACCCGGAUGUGCUGCAGCAGAUGAUGUCUGUCCUUAUGAACACCAUUGUCUUUGAAGACUGUCGGAACCAGUGGUCAGUAUCCAGGCCUCUCCUGGGGCUCAUCCUGCUCAAUGAGAAGUAUUUCAGUGAACUGAGAGCAAGUCUGAUAAACAGCCAGCCUCUCCCCAAGCAGGAAGUCCUUGCCCAGUGCUUCAGGAACUUGAUGGAAGGAGUGGAACAGAACCUGUCUGUCAAGAACAGAGACAGGUUCACACAGAACCUCUCUGUCUUCAGAAGAGAUGUGGCAGAGGCCCUGCGUAGUGAUGGCAGCCCUGAACUCGGCAGCUUGGACAUGAUGAGCUGACCCAGCUCCUGAGCAUGUGCUGUGCUCCUUCGUCAAGAGACUCUGCAAGGCCUGGGGCCCAGACUGCGAUGCUGGCCAGCCCCGAAGAGUGUAUUUUCAGAACAAGCAACAAAAGCCCUACAUUUUUAUAAGUCUGACCUAAUUAUAAAAAUUUAUAAUAGUGCACAUACAAUGUAAAUUCAGUAUUCAAAGCAGAACAUGUUUUCAAUCUUAUCUGGGGUCCCACAAUGCCGAAAGGUCCAGAAACUAUAUUUAACCAAAGAACAUAAUAAACCAGACUAGCACCUAGUUCGUGGCUCUGAAA